AUUCUAGUCUCUAGAGUCUCUGGAGCUCUGGAAAUAUCAAACACAUUUUACGGUGCAGACUACGUAACACAAUCGGUUCGAGUCGAUGAAACCAGAAACGUUGAAAGUCGAAGCAAUUGUUGUUUAUUUCACUGAAUUUUGUGAGUACGAAGGUCAAUACCGAUCAAAACAUUUACUUGCUGGUGAGAUCUAAGUCAGCAAACUAUCGCUAUCAAAAUAAAAAAUCCUGAAUUCUGUGAGCACGAAGACUAGAAGUGACUGUGCCUCCGCCUAAGUCUACUAAUUGACUGCCAAAUUAAAAGAAAAUGUGGACAAAUUUAAAAUCAGUGAUUUUAGUGUUUGUCUCCCUUCACGUCACAUUUGGUGCCUCCAAUCCAGACUACUCGAUACAAAUGAGUAAAAUUAAGGUGCUGACCCUGAACCAUGGGAAAAUGACCAACUUUAGACGGGUACCAGCUGUUCCUCAAUUGAAAUGUGUUGGAGGAACUGCUGGCUGCAGAGCAUUUAUUCCUCAAGUGGUGCAGUGUGAGAAUCAAGGAUCGGAUGGAAUUACCAUUCAAUGGGAGUGUAAAACAGACAUGGAUAAUGCCUACCGCUUUGGAAAAAUUAUGGUCAUUUGUGAAGGAUACGACUAUCCUGGUGAUCAUUAUGUUUUAGUUGGAUCCUGUGGACUCGAAUAUAAUAUCGAUUUGACUAAGGAGGGAAUCGACAAUCAUCCAUUUAUUCCGAUUAUUGAUAUCGGGCCACCAUCAAUCAACCAAGGAACAUCAACCGAGCUGUCGUCGUUGACCAUCUUUUUAAUCUGCUUGGGCGUUUUCCUUUUUGUAAUCGCGAUUUUUGGAUUGUUUGCAUGUGUUGUUUGCUCUGCAAGAUCUAGCUCAUACCAUGUGCAUUCCGAUAUGCCUUUCGCAAGACCUGUUCCUUAUCCGGUUUACAGACCUACCACAGUUUUUGUGACAGCCGGAAAUAAGGUCGCUUCAAGCAGUGGAACUCGUACUGCCUCAGGAUUUGGAGGAAUUUGGAGUCGUUAAAUGUUUUUAAGCAUGGCCAUGUUUUCAAGUCACCGUUUCUUUUCUGCCAAACAAAAUUUACUGCUCGUUUUAUAUAAGUUGACUUGCCUGCUUUUCCGUGGCUGUAAUUUCGCUCAAAGCCGUUCGGCAAUUACCAAUUAUUCUAAUCAAUAAAAAAUUUGUAAUUCA